AUGAGAUUCUCAUUUUUGUGUUCCCCUCUUUCAGCAAAUGUCACCAACAGCAGCUCGGGAGAACACAACGCAACUGACCCAGAACUUGUGCUGAGGAUGAACGGCUGGCUCAUCUGUAAGGACCAGGAUGAGAUGUUGAACUUGGCGUUCACUGUUGGGUCCUUCCUGCUCAGUGCCAUCUCACUGCCCCUUGGCAUCGCCAUGGACAAGUAUGGCCCAAGAAAACUGCGUCUGAUUGGCAGCACCUGCUUUGCUCUGUCCUGUCUGCUGAUCGCCUAUGGGGCCAGUAACCCUGAUGAUCUGUCCGUUCUGAUUUUCAUUGCGCUGGCCCUGAACGGAUUUGGAGGGAUGUGUAUGACCUUCACCUCUCUCACGUUGCCGAACAUGUUUGGGGAUCUACGAUCGACUUUCAUCGCUCUCAUGAUUGGCUCGUACGCUUCAUCAGCUGUAACAUUCCCGGGUAUCAAGGUGAUCUAUGACUUUGGGGCCCCAUUUAUUACCAUCCUGUUGGCCUGGGCGUCCUGUGGGGGCCUUGUCUUCAUGAACUGCUUCCUCAACUGGCCCCUGGAACCGUUCCCGGGCCCCGAGGACAUGGACUACACGGUGAAGGUGAAAUUCAGCUGGCUGGGCUUCGAUCACAAGAUCACGGGGAAGCAGUUCUACAAGCAGGUGACUACGGUGGGCCGGCGCCUCAGCGUCGGGAACUCGAUGAAGCCUCAGGACAGACUGGCCACGCAGGAUGGCAACAAGCUCUGUUUGUCCACAGUGGACCUGGAGGUCAAAUGUCAGGCUCCCGAUCAAGGCUCUGGGUCCUUCAUGCAGAGUAUCUUCAGCCCAGUCUACAUCCUGAGCUUGGUCACUAUGUGUGUCACACAGCUCCGCCUCAUCUUCUACAUGGGAGCCAUGAACAACAUCCUGGAGGAUCUGGUCGAGGGAGAUCUCGUCACAGUCAGCCUGUACUCCUCCAUCUUCGGAGUUCUGCAACUGCUGUGCUUAAUGACGGCCCCCGUGAUUGGCUACAUCAUGGACUGGAAGCUGAAGGACUGUGAUGAUGGAGCGUUGGACACGGAUGAGAAGGCGCUGGCAGCUGGGAGAAAGCCCAGCAGAAAGAAAAGGGACCGAAAGAUUCAGAAAAUCACCAAUGCUACCCGAGCUUUCGUCUUCACGAACCUGCUCCUCGUUGGCUUCGGAAUCACUUGCCUCAUCCCAAACCUCCCACUGCAGAUUCUCUCCUUCAUCCUCCAUACAAUUGUUCGAGGAUUUAUUCACUCAGCCGUGGGUGGGCUUUAUGCUGCUGUUUAUCCUUCCACACAGUUUGGCAGUUUGACCGGAAUGCAGUCACUUAUCAGCGCUCUCUUUGCACUUCUCCAACAACCUCUCUUUCUGGCAAUGAUGGGACCACUUCAAGGCGAUCCUCUCUGGGUGAAUAUUGGUUUGUUGGGAGUCAGUAUGCUGGGGUUCUGCCUCCCAGCCUACCUGCUUUAUUACAGACAGCAGCUUCAGAAGCAGAGGCUCCAGAGGGCUGAGGAUGCCAAGCUCUUCAUGAAAAUCAAUGGCAGCUCGAAGCAUGAGGCCUUUGUGUAGGCCGUGAGAUUCCACAAUGAGACAGGACUCUCCGAGGUCAAUGUUCAUUCACGCUCCAUCAACAGGCUCCACAGUUUCCCGAUGGUGCUGACAUCUGCGUAUCAUCAAACUAAUCAACAUUAUUUAUGGGAACAGGGAAUAUGGAUUGAGCCAUCCUCUCAAAGCUGGUGGCCUAAACCACGGCUCUUCUUGUGACUUUUGUUUUCUUCCUCUCAGUUGGCUUUAUUUUACUGGGUGGGUGCCUGGAUUAUCCACGCGGAGCCUGUAGCCUAGUGGUCAGCAUGAGCCCACCCAGGCCUGUAUCCCCUCACCCUCCCCUUCCCUCUCUCUCUUGCUCUCUCAUUCUCUGUGCCACUCUCUCACUCCCUCUCUCUGUCUGUCUCUCUCUCUCUCUCUCUGUCUAUCUCUGUCUCACUGUCUCUCUCACACACACUUUCUCUUUGUCUCACUCUCUCCCUCUGUCUCACUCUCUCUCUGUCUCGCUCUGUCUCGCUGUCUCUCUCUUUCUCUCUCUCCCUCACACUCCCUCUCUCUGUCUCUUUCUCUCUCACACACACGCACCCUCUGUCUCAUUUUCUCUCUCCCUCUCUCUCUCUCUCUCUCUCUCUCUGAACGAGGUGCUACCCAGGGAACACAGACACCCGCCAUGUGAGUGACCCCUCAGUCCUGGCUAGAGAACCCAGGAGCUGUUAGCCCCCACCUGUAGGGCAGCCAACCCCCACAGGCUGAGGGAGAGGGAAAGGGGGCAAAUCCCGGAACCUCGUUAGCUGGAGAUCUAGCCUCAUGUUUGAGGGUAACUGAGAGAUAAUCGCCUGCUGCCCCCUCCCUCUGGUCUCAGAGCUGCCUCCCGCUGACCCAGACCAGGUUUCAUACUGAGUACAGCAAAACCAAUGAUGUUGAGGGAGAGGCUGGCCAAUAUAAUGAGCAGGUUUUAACCCGAAGGGAACCUGGGCACUUCUGGGAUUGGGGCAAGGUUCAGGGUGGGGCUCAUUACCUGUGCGGACUGUUAUUCAGGCGAGGACUGUGACUGUCCCUUGCCCCUUCGCCCGCAGGAAGCUAGCUGACUGACUCCAGCCCCCUCAGGGUGGGUGCAGUGGUCAGGCUGUGUUCCCUGAACUCUGUCAGCAGAGGGAACAGGAACACACGUGGCUCUCCGCUGCUCCCUGCUGGUGCAUUCUGUAACUGGAGCAAACUGCAUCUGGUAAUGGCAGAGAGUCACAGGGUGAGGCAUGCUCAGUUGAAUAUCUCAGGAACCGGGUAGCCGCUGCAUUUCUGAGCUGAUGUCCUCUUCCCCCUCGCCCCUCCCCUCCCCCCGCCUCCACCCUCCUCUCCUGAAGCUGCUAACUCCCCCCAGGAGGGUAGGGAGCAGUAGCUUAUCAGGUCCUGACUACCCUUGUUCAACCUGAUGAGCCCUCAGGUGUUGGAGUGUUAUCAGGUUGCUCGACUAUGAAGGGAAUCACCAUCACAUUAGAUGCUGUCCUGACCUGACACCCCUACAGUUGGCGUUAAUAUUAAUCAUACCCCACCCCAAACAAACCUGUCCUGUUGACCAAGGUCCGAGCUGCAGUGGAAACAUUUCUAAAAGCAAACUGUGCUGUUGUGUAAGUAUUAGGACAAAGGUCCCCCUGCGUUCAGGGCACUGCCCUCUAACCGAACAGCAAGGUAUUAAAAUGGAAGUGUCGAAUCAAAAGCACCAGGUUACAGCAUUGGACAAGCUCCUGUUCAAACCCAGCGUUGUCACAGAGUUACAGUGACAACAUUACUGACCCUUAUCUGAGUCCGUGCCCACAAACUCGGGCCAGGACAGGAUGGACUGACCUGGACUCUGACAAGAACCUGCUGGAAGGGACAGCCAUGUGUGUGUGAACACACUGAGAAUCACUUUUUGUUUACAUUGACACUGUGGCGAUGAGACAGUGCUGUUUGUGUACAACUCCCUUCACACCUCACUGACAGACAGCACUGAGCUCCCCAGGCUUUAUAUUCAAAUAAACUCUCUCCAAAACCCGUUUUGUUCUUCCUCAAAGCAGUGUCCCAUGGAUCAGUAACUCUGGAAGGGAUCUGUCCCAGUGUUCCCUCGGCUGAGCUAUUUCCCAAUCCCAACCCUUUGAGAAGAAGGCCAACAUUCCCAAGCCUUUGCGAUUUCUGCUGUGGUAUGACAACGCUGCUCUUUUGUCCUGUUCAUGCUCCAGAUCCCUGCCUCUGCUGCUCCCGGCUCUCAGCGUUGCCUGGCUUUGUUCAGUCCAAACUGUGUGAACUUUCACUGGUCACAGUUGACUUCUGUCACAGCAUCCCCCACUCGCUGAGUCUACCAACACCAGUACAAAGCCUGAGCAAACACCAGCUUUACAUUGCACCAAAGGGCAAACUCUUCAUCCCAUGCUCUCCGUCACUUUAUUCCAAACCAAUAUCCAACAUCUGUCCGAGAUAACACAGUGUGGGGCUGGAUGAACACAGCAGGCCAAGCAGCAUGUCAGGAGCACAAAAGCUGACAUUUCGGGC